AUAUUAGUGCCUUAGUUUAUGGCCGAAUAAUCGGCGGGAUGCAAUUUUUGGUACGAAUUUCAUCGUUUAACUGUGUUGGGGAUUUGAGACAUUCGUUGACAAUGUUAUUAGUUCUGAAUUAGUAGUUCCAAGUCUAGAAUCAUCGUGCGCUGUGGUUAAAGUUGCAAGCUUUAUUGGUUUUGUUCCUGAAGUUGUUUCGUGGGUGCAACGCGAUUGCAGCCUGCAGGCUCAUGGAUCAAGGUUCUACCGAAAAUGAAUCCUUAAUUGCUCGUGUUGAACAGUUGGAGCGUGAACGUGCCGAACUGCAUAAAGAUAUUGAACAGUUGUGUAUGCAACAAGCAGGACCUGCCUAUCUCGGGGUGGCAACUCGAAUGCAUUUCCAGAGGACGGCUGCAUUGGAGCAGGAGAUUGAGAACUUGCAAAAUAAGUUGUCUGCUUGCACAAGAGAAAAUCAAAAUCUUCAGGAGGAGCUAUCUGAGGCUUAUCGUAUUAAGAGUCAACUAGCAGAUCUACAUAGUGCAGAAGUCCUAAAGAAUGUUGAAGCUGAGAAACAGCUUAAAUUUUUCCAAGGUUGUGUUGCUGCUGCUUUUGCUGAACGAGAUAAUGCAAUAAUGGAGGCUGAAAAAGCUAAGGAGAAAGUGGAACUCAUGCCACAGGAACUCGACAAAUCUCAAAAGAGGGUUCAAGAGCUGACCGCGGAACUUCUUGAAGAAAAAGAGCUAGUCAUGGCACUCCAGAUUGAUUUAGAAAAGCGUGAAAAGCAGAAUGAGGUUUUCAAAGAGGUUAUCAAUAAAUUUUACCACAUCAGACAGUGGUCCCUGGAAAAUUUUACUGAUGCAAGCUGGGAAGAGAAAUGUGAUUGUCUUAUGAACGAUUCAGAUGAAAUGUGGAGGUUCCAAAAUGAUGAGGAUACUUCCACCUCCAAUUACAUUAAUUCACUUGAAGCAGAAAUUGAGACUCUAAGGAAAGGUGUCGAUAAUUUGCAAAGCAAGCUUCGAGUGGGACUGGAAAUUGAAACUCAUUUGAAGAAGAAAGUUUUUGAUUUAGAGAAAAAGAGAAUCCUUUCGGAAAAGAAGAUCAAGAAGCAGAUAUCAGCAUUACUUGAUAUCCAUUCUCAGUACAGAAGUGAUAUCAUGAAAUUACUUGAAGAGGGGAAUUCAGAGCUAAAAUCAAUUAAUGAUCUGAUAGUUGAGAAGAUGAGGCAGCUUGAACUGAGUACAGAAUGCAACUUGAAAUCUUCUAUGAUACAAGAGAAGGAAUUACAAGAAAGCGAAUGUAUAGAUGUGCAUAUCAGUGCUGAUUCUGCUCCAGCUUCAACCACUAAGGAUGAUGAUCCUCACCUGCCAGCUUCCAGUGCUUCUGAAACUGUUGCUACCUCCGAAGCCCUUGCUCUGGCAUUGCAGGAGAAGGUUGCAGCAUUGUUACUUUUAUCACAACAAGAAGAGAGACACCUACUAGAGAGGAAUGUAAAUGCAGCUUUACAGAAAAAAGUUGAGGAACUUCAGAGAAAUUUACUGCAGGUUACGAAUGAAAAGGUUAAAGCUCUUAUGGAGUUAGCACAGCUGAAGCAGGAAAGCUAUAUGCUACAAGAAAGGAUCAGUCAGGACAAGAUACAAGGGACGCAGUCGGGCGAGAUCGCAGAACGGAGAAUUGUACCGGAAAAAGAUGGAAAAUUAAAGAAUCUGCUGAAGAAAAGUUAUUUUACACGGUGGGUCGGAGGCUCAGAUGGAAACAAUGCUGAUGGGCAUCAUCAUUAUGAAAAAACAAGUCAUCACAUGGACUUUGCAAGGAUGAGGAUUGAAAACGCAAGCCUCAAGGAGAGCCUAGAGAGCAUGGAGCAUUUACUUUCUUCAGUUCGGAGGCUCAGGAUUACACUCUUGAAGGUCAAAGAUUCAGCUGCAGCAGAAACCGAGAAUGGUAUGCACGUUGAAGCUCUAGAUCAAGUUAUUGCCGAAGCAAACCUUGUAAAGACGGCCCUCAGCAGCUCUCUUCCCAUCAGUUGGUCGGCCGAAACUGAUCAAUUGUACAACGAGAUAAACGACAACGAGAAAGUGGACUUCGUUUCUGCUGCUGGUCUUGAGAUGGUGGAGCUCUUGAUAUUUGCCGCUCAGAUCCUCAAGGCCCAAAUUUCCAAUAAUAAGGGAAGGGGUAAGGAAUAUGAGUGAAGGGCAGUUGGGUGGAAGCAUUGCAUGAACUUUUGAUUAGGCAAAACUGAUUGCAGGAAGGAACUAUGUAUAUUGGAUAUUGCUUCAUUUUCUUCAAUCUUUGUAGAAAUUCUUGGAAUGUUUUUGGUGGUUUUGCUAUGUAUUGUACAGCUGUUUUUUUGUAUUGCAUUCAAACGACAAUGACAGUUGUUGUAUAUUUGUAAUUUUUUUUUAAAAAGAAGUUUACACA